UCCUGCGCGGUCGGCGUCGGUUGGCUGGCAGAAAGGAAACACUGCAGUUCGCCGUUUAUAACUGGCGAGUCUGAACCUUGGUACCGUGCGCCCUGGGUCGUAGCUAUCCUUGGACGAGGAGCAUGCCCUACUAUUUUUGAGAGGCAUGGAUCAGUGCGGACCAUCGCGGACGAGCCGGACGAAUGUCAUGGAAGGCGUUGGAUCGCGCGUGAUCCGUGGUCCCGACUGGAAAUGGGGCAAGCAGGACGGUGGCGACGGACAUCUGGGUACCGUGCGUAAUUUUGAGUCUUCCGAAGAGGUUGUCGUCGUCUGGGACAACGGCACAGCGGCUAACUACCGCUGUUCCGGAACGUACGAUCUCCGCAUCGUUGACAGUGCACCCACAGGUAUCAAACAUGAAGGCACCAUGUGUGACACGUGCCGCCAGCAGCCCAUCUUCGGCAUCCGGUGGAAGUGCGCCGAGUGCUCCAACUACGACCUCUGCUCUAUGUGCUACCACGGGGAUAAGCACCAACUACGACACCGCUUCUUCCGCAUCACCAACCCGGGUAGUGAACGGGCGCUCAUGGAACCCCGUCGUAAAAGUAAGAAAAUGGGAGUCCGUGGCAUGUUCCCCGGAGCGAGAGUAGUCCGAGGUGUGGACUGGCAGUGGGAGGAUCAGGACGGUGGCAAUGGCCGCCGGGGGAAGGUCACCGAGAUCCAGGACUGGAGUGCAGCCAGUCCUCGCAGUGCCGCCUACGUGGUGUGGGACAAUGGGGCCAAGAAUCUCUAUCGUGUGGGCUUUGAAGGCAUGGCUGAUCUCAAAGUUGUGAAUGACGCGAAGGGUGGCACAGUCUACAGGGACCACCUACCUCUCCUAGGAGAACAAGGACCCGGUCGUUCUGGAGGUGUGGGCUUCCAAGUCGGCGACCAAGUGAAUGUAGACUUGGAUCUUGAAAUCGUUCAGUCACUUCAGCACGGCCAUGGUGGCUGGACAGAUGGAAUGUACGAGUGUCUCGGAACAACAGGCACAGUGAUUGGCGUUGAUGAAGACCACGACAUAGUGGUUUCCUAUCCAAGUGCUAACAGGUGGACGUUCAACCCGGCCGUGCUGACUCGCGUCAACACCGCAUCGACUGCGUCAACAUCGGCAGCGAGUGGCAGUGGCAUUGGGGAUGCAGCCUCGUCACAGCAGUUUGCCGUCGGUGACCUGGUGCAGAUCUGCAGCGACCUCGAACGCAUCAAGAUCCUCCAGCGGGGUCACGGGGAGUGGGCCGAAGCAAUGACUCCCACCCUCGGCAAGAUAGGCAGAGUGCAGCAGAUUUACCAUGACAAUGACCUCAAGGUGGAGGUGUGUGGUACCUCCUGGACCUACAACCCUCUCGCCGUUACAAAGAUGGCUUCAGACGGCGCCGUUGCCGGUGUGUCCAGUGGAGAGCGCCUGAGCGCGUUGCUCAAGAAACUGUUCGAGAGCCAUGUCUCCGGAGAUGUGAACGAGGAACUGGUCAAGGCGGCCGCCACCGGCGACGCGCAGAAGUGCGAGGAAAUCUUGAAACACCCGGAGGCCAAUGUAAAUGGGGUGUUUGCGAGUCACACAGCUCUUCAGGCGGCCAGUCAAAAUGGGCACGUUGAAGUCGUCAAGAUUCUGCUGCGUCACAGCGCCGACGUUGAAAUUGAGGACAAAGAUGGUGACCGAGCCGUGCACCACACUGCCUUCGGAGAUGAGCCGAGUGUGAUGGAGCUUCUGGCUCGUGCCGGUGCCGACCUGAAUGCGCGCAACAAGCGUCGCCAGACUCCCCUGCACAUUGCAGUCAACAAAGGUCACAUGGGCGUCGUCAAGACCUUGCUCGACCUCGGAUGCCACCCGAGUCUACAGGACUGUGAGGGGGACACACCGCUGCACGAUGCCAUCAGCAAGAAGCGGGACGACAUGCUCACCCUCCUCCUGGACCACAGUGCCGACAUCACGCUCACCAACAACAAUGGCUUCAAUGCCCUCCACCAUGCGGCGCUCCGAGGCAACCCAAGUGCCAUGCGAACCCUGCUGGCCAAGCUGCCGAGGCCCUGGAUCGUGGACGAGAAGAAAGACGACGGCUACACCGCACUUCACCUCGCUGCACUGAACAACCACGUGGAAGUCGCCGAGCUGCUCAUUCAUCAGGGCCAUGCCAAUAUGGAUCUGCAGAACGUGAACCUGCAGACUCCACUGCACCUGGCUGUAGAAAGGCAACAUGCCCAGAUAGUGAGGCACCUGGUACGUGAGGGGUGCAACCUGAACAUCCCGGACAAGGACGGCGACACCCCGCUGCAUGAGGCACUCCGUCACCACACGCUCUCACAGCUGAGACACCUGCAGGACAUGCAGGAUGUCACAAAGGCCGGUGGAGCACGCUUGAGCACAGCACCUGGAUCGAGCUCCACCGCUGGAAACCUGGAGCUUCUAAUGGGCUUGGGUAGCCAGGGUGCAGACAAGAAGUCUAGCGCCUCGAUCGCCUGCUUCCUGGUGUCCAACGGAGCCGAGCUCUACAUCAAGAACAAGAAGGGACAAGCUCCAUUGGACCUGUGCCCCGACCCGAAUCUCUGCAAUGCACUCGUCAAGUGCCGCAAGGACAAGUCAGGGUCACAGAUGCUCACGCCAUCAACAAGCCCGCAGCCAAACGAGCAGGAGGCCCUGGAGGACUGCAUCGUGUGCUCGGACAUGAAACGCGACACCCUCUUCGACCCGUGUGGCCACAUCGCCACCUGCGCCCUGUGCGCACCGCGCGUCAAGAAGUGCCUGCUCUGCAAGGAGCCCGUGCUUGCACGCACAAAGGUAGAGGAGUGCGUGGUCUGUUCAGACAAGAAGGCAUCCGUACUUUUCAAGCCAUGUGGCCACAUGUGUGCCUGCGAAGGUUGUGCGGCCCUCAUGAAGAAAUGUGUCCAGUGUCGAGCCCAGAUCGACAAGGUGGUUCCGUUCAUCGUCUGCUGCGGAGGCUCAGCUUCCAAGCGGCUCGACUACGGUGUGCAAGAGGCUUUCGACGGUCAAGACUUCGCGAUGGAAACGAAAUGCUUUGGUGCCGAGGACGCCGAGACGACGAAGAAGAAAGUGGUGAACCUGCGUGGCCCCACGACCAAGUCGGACAUCCCGCUCAACAUAUCGAAGUUUCCCGUCGACAAGAAUGACAACUCACACUCUGCUUCCAAUCGUCCUGGAGGGCCUGGGCCGCUGAUGAACAAUGGCGCGCACGACACUUCGGUCCACGACCUUCAGAAGCUUCAGCAGCAGCUGCAGGACAUUAAAGAACAGACCAUGUGCCCGGUGUGCCUAGACCGUCUCAAGAACAUGAUCUUCCUGUGCGGUCAUGGGACUUGCCAAAUGUGUGGCGACCGCAUGUCCGAGUGCCCCAUCUGCCGCAAGGCGGUCGAGAAGCGCAUCCUGCUCUACUGACUGUUCCCCGGUGUAACAGAGUGCGCGUCUGGCAGUCGCUGGUGCGACCACUAUGGCAGUCUUCUUAGUCACAGUCAAGUGGACGGUUGCGCUCUUUUUGGAUUGAGACGAAAUGUUGACGUCGAGACUUAGCGCUUCCCGGUUCUGUGUCCCCUCCCCACCACAUUUUGCUGAUUUUAUCCUUACUAAUGCAUUCGCAUGCUCGUAUAUCUAGAGUUUCUCAUUCCUUUUGCAGUUUGAGAAGUUAUUUUGCAUUAACCUAUGAUCCUUGUGGUGAGCUUUUUCUUUUUGUUGUUGCAUUUAGGCUAUGCUAUUUAUCCUCCUCUGUCGAAUUGAAAUGGAAUUUUUUUCACCUGCUUGUCAAAUGUGGUGUGUUGCCAUAUCACUUAGUAAAUGUCUAUGGAGUAUUGUGCCUAAAAAGUAACAUGUUAUCCCUGAGGUUGCCGAAAACAUUGUCUGAAAAUAAUAUAGGUGUCACUCGGUCACUUUUGAUCGCGGUCACGUUGAUGGCAAUUUGAGUGACUUCUGCGCCAAACUCCUUCUGUAUUAGUUUGGAUGGCGUGGCAGUGACCUUGCUGAUUGUAGUCAACAAAUCUAAUCUAGAUCUGCCCCGAUCGUUAUCAGAAUUGCCCAUGUUGAAACCAUCUUAGCUGUAAAAUUAAACGCACAAUAAACAGACAGGUGGACAAAACGUCUUAGCCUUAGCAGGCGAUGCAUCUUGCCCAGGAAGUCAGCAAGCUCAUUACGCUGUUUUAUUUCUUUAUAAUUGCUCUCAAAUUUUUCUGGGCAUGUUACUAAGGGCUGUGUUAAAGAAAUCUUAGGCAGCUUCUUUAGGUUGCUUUCUUAGCUGUGUAUAAUAUCAAAUAAGAAGUGCUCGUAAGAGCUUUUUUCUUUCGGUAUUUUUCCCUCCCUCAGUGUAUUUGCUUUCACUAGAUUAUUUAAUGUAUUGUAAUCAUUCAAGAUGCACGUUACUGAAAUCCACGUAAUUAUUAGUCCACUGUAUAAGUUAGCCAUCACUCUAAUUGAAUGUUUGAGGAAAGCUUCAAGUAAUUCAAGCAUAUGCAAUGACUCUAUGGAUGCUUCCCUAAGCAUGUCAUUCAUCCUUAAACCAACAUUAACAACAGGAUUGUUAUAUUGAUCACUUGAUACUUAAUGAGGCCCUGUUCUCAUGAGGUCACUGAAAAUUCAUUUAGGACAAUGCCAAAGAUCUGCUGUGCUGAAAAUUCCUGUCAUGCUUUGUCUCGUAUGCUUUGCUAACGUGAAUUUAGUUACUUUUCUUUCUCAGCUAAGUUGAACUGUGCUAGUCUCUGGAAAGCUCUUUACACAGAACACUAUCACGAACCCAUGUAUAUUUGCACCUAAUGCCUAGCUUCUCUACAAACAGUGCUUCCGUUUAGUUCUAUAAUUAGCGAGUAGUAGCUAUGAUUAACGACCACAUUAACUUGUGUAUUGAGGUAUGUACUGGGCCUCCCUAUCAGGUUGUAGAUGUCCAUUCACCCAGAAUUGUGAAAUGAUUGUCGUGUUGAAAACUUCUGUGCCAAUACACUUACUGCUUAGGCUCUUUGUAAAUUAAUGAUAGCUUUUGCUAGCCAAGUUGGCUGAAAGACCGUCAGAGCUUGAGAAUUGGCUACCCAAUAAAUGCCACUAAACUAGUACUACACGUCUCUACAAUAACAUGAGCUUAUUCAUGUAACAAGAACUUUUGCUUGAAAUCACGUAUUAUAUCUGAAAUGUGUCGAAUUGUAAUCACAACAUCAGUGUGAUAACACAUGAUCAAUGAAUGUCUUAGGUACGCUGUAUGAUGUUAAGUCAAGUCAGAAUUAUCUACAAUAUGUAGAUAUAUGUAGUAAUAUAUAAUACCGUCGAGAUAAUAGAUCCAUCAAAGGGGUGUGGCACUUUGUCACUGUGACCGAUUCUUUGUUAGUUGUGUAUGCCACUACUUGAAAAGUGAAUGACAGCACUGUUGAUAUCAUGCCCUCAAUGAAAUGUAUUCUUGUCACCAAGCGACUUGUCACGGAGACGCGUUGCGACUUUCCAUCUUAUGGGAACCGCCUACUUUGAAUUUGUACUAAUGUAUCUGUGUUCACUUCUGUAAACUUUUGCUGUCCUUACGUCUGACCUAGCUUUUUAUGAUGCUUAACUCGACAAGGGAUGAAACGUUAGGAAAACUAAUGCACUAUUGUAUACGCACAAACACUGUUGACCACUGCUGUUCUGUGCUGUCUUGUUUUGGUGAACCAUUUACACGCGAACCCAAUCCAAGCUAUUCUACACAGAAUAUUCAUUAGGCUUCAAUUAGUAUUUGUUGCCACGAUUGCCGGUAUCACUGGGAGUAUAGAACGGUCUCCUUACCUUACACAGAUAUGAUGUUAUAUUUCAGGGGCAGUUGAUAUGACAGAAACUAAUGAGUCAGCAAACGAGCCUGAGGGUUCCUUUAUCCACCAGAUGCUGGUCAGUUCAUGGAUAGUUAAUGAACGGUAAUACUUAUAACCAUCCUGUUUUGUUUAUGUUUCUGGUGAUAGUCUGCACAUCGUGAUAAUCUUUUGGGCAAACUCAAACUAUCCUUUAGCCUGCACAAACUGUAUAGUCUUUUAGUGACCAAUUUUAACGAUAAGCAGGUUUGUUUAUUUCUCUAAAUUCUUCGCAACCCUCAUAAGCAGUUGCACUUGCUUGCGCAUGGUCGAUUUUUCUGUGUAGCUUAUCUCAGUAAUAAGUAUUUAGGCACACUUGUUUCUAGUUUCUCCCAGCCAAGUUUGUAGUUUUUAAUGGAAUGUUGAUAACCACAUAUGUAAACCACAGUAAACAAAGUUUCAACUUUUGAAGUUUAGUUUGUCGUCUGUGGUCUAGAAUAUACAUUAUCAUUAUGCACCCAAACCGCAUUAUAACAAAGUCACAUCUUCCACGAAAAUACUUCGUUAUAUCCAGAAACUCGUAAUAAACUAAUAUUUAUAACACUGUAUCUAUUACAAAGCUAUUCUUCGCUUCCUUCGUUUUAAAUAACAAUUUGUUAUGAUUGAAUUCAUUAUAUCAAGAUCUGAGUGUAGUAGUUUCAAGUCUAUGGACAUGGUAUCCACGCUCAAACACAGUGUCCCAGGCAAAAGACGAAAAUACUUCAAGUUAAAGCCACAAUGUGUGCAUGUGCACUGUUGUGACAUGAUUAAGGAGCGAAAAAAUGCAUAUUUGCAAAAAUGCAGAAAAAGCACACAACUUUUCUAAUGGGACUGGACAGGAAGAGACAGAAACACAAGCAAGUCUUGUCCCAUCAUACAAGUUCUACGCUUAGCACUGAAUAUGUCACUCCAACAAGGCAUGCAGUCUAAUAUUCCUCUAAAAAAAAUGCAGUCUGAAUCGUCUGUAAAGUUGUUGAAAACUAAUAGAUGGACAUAUGCUGGUCACUGGAAGGCCAAGAAUAGACAUGAAAGCAAAGGUGAAAUGCUCCUUUUGUUAUUUUGUUUGCGUUAAACUCACCAACAGUAUACCUUUCAGUGUAUUGUAUGUACUGCCAACAUUGUUUUGUGCCUUAAGCAGGAGUCCACUGUAUGUAAGGGCAAUGAUAAUGUGUUUGAUUGAUUAGUGAUUGAUUAGAAGUUUACAGAACAAGUUGAAUGAAAGGGCUUGGCUAGAAGUUUGCCUGCCCAGAUGAGUGAGGGUUUAUCGAAUGACAGUAGUUUAGAUGCUUUGGAUGACUUCGAUUUUCACGUCUGGUGACCACUGCUGGUUUAAAUCUGAUUUUCAACAUUUGUCUGUUGAAAGAUUGCAAGAAGUAAAUGCCGGCAAGUGUUUCUGACAACGUCCUUAAUUGUGUGCUUUCACAUUUUCCUGCUCUUAUUCUAUAGGAAUGCAGAUGUGUCUUUCCAUAUUCAAGAUGUUGCUUUCGCCCUUACUAGUUCAGUCCAGCCUUGGUCUUAUCCCUCGAAAUCCAAGUUACAGCGCUGCCUCAUAGCUGCACUUUUUUGUUUGUCUUAUUUAUGAUUGUGUCAUUCGUAGUGCAUAAUAAAAAAUGGUGCAAACCGACAA